AUGAGGUUAACUAAAACCUUAACUGUCAUAUAUGAUGGCAACAUUGAGCAUCCAUUGACUUUUAAGAAGACAAUGGAGGAUGUGGAUAAAGAUGAAUGGAUCAAUGCUAUGAAUCUUGAAAUGGAGUCUAUGUACUUCAAUUCAAUCUGGGAUCUUAUAGAUCAAUAUGAUGGGGUAAAACCUUUAGGUUGUAAAUGGAUCUACCAGAGAAAAAGGGGUGAAGAUGGUAAGGUACAAACUUUUAGAGCUAAACUAGUGGCAAAGGGUUAUACCCAAGUUGAGGGAGUUGACUAUGAGUAG